AUGUCGGUUGUCGCAGGUGGAGGAGGCGAGCGCGGCGAGCGCGGCGCGCUGGGGCGGCGGCGGGCUGGUGGCGCUGUGCGGGCGCCCGCUGCUGCGCCUGCUGGCCGCAGCGCGCCCCGCGCCCUCCGCGCGCCGCCUGCACGGCCUCUGCUGAGCGUCUCGCCUCUCUCACCUCCACCUGUCAACUGUCAUGUGUCAACAGCUAAUAAAAAGUUUAUUAAUGCUUCUAAACGUGCCAGU